GGGAUCCUUUUAUAUCAGAUAGGAAGGGCUGUAGCACAAAAUUUACUGCUAAGUAAUUGUCCCGUAGAUCCUAUAUCUAUCUAUCUGAAGAAGGAAUUAUGUAAUGAGGCGGAUUCCUAUUUGUACAAAUGGUACUUCGAACUUGGAAGAAACAUGAAGAAAUUUACAAUACUUCUUUAUCUUUUGAGUUGUUCUGCCGGAUCGGUUGCUCAAGAUCUUUGGUCUUUCCCCCGAGAUGAAAAAAAUGCGAUCACUUCCUAUGCACUCAUUAAGAAUGAUUCUGAUCUAGUUCAUGGUUUAUUAGAAUUAUUAAAAGUAGAAUGCUCUCCGUUGGGCUCAGAACAAAAUUAUGGAUCUUAUUCUAUUCUUGAUCAGAGAUUUCUAUAUGAAAACUACGAAGAGGAGGAUUUUUUCAGUCACAUAGUUUGGGCUCCUAGACUAUGGCGUCCUUUGGGAUUUUCUGUGUAGCGAGCAGAUCCUUUAUGGUCAAGAGAACGAGCUUCAAGAGAAUGAUUCGGAGUUCUUACAAAGUGGAACGAUGGAGUACAAGACACGAGAUAAAUCUUCCAAAGACAAAGGCUUUUUUUCAAAUAAGCCAAUUUAUUUGGGGACCCUGCAGAUCCACUCUUUUUCCUAUUCAAAGACCAGUCCACGGGCUCUUUGUUUUCACGUAGAGAAUUUUUUGCAGAUGAAGAAAUGACAAAGGCGCUUCUUACUUCCCACACUUCUCAAUGGGAGCAUCUAAUUCGAUAUAAAAAAACAAACGAUUUUACUAUAAGGAAGAAGGAACAAAAGCACUUCGAAUUUGUGAGUCAUCGUCAGAGAUGGCUUAGAAAUAAUGGUUCAUUUUAUAAUGAAUCUUUCUGUUCUAGUACUCUAUCCGAGAGUUAUCACUAUUUAUCAAAUAUGUUCCUGUCUAAUGGAACACUAUUUGAUCAAAUGACAAAGACUUUGUUGAGAAAAAGAUGGCUUUUCCCGGAUGAAAUGAAAAUUGGAUUCAUGUAACAGGAGUUUAACAGGAGAAAGAUCGCGAUCCGCUGCCUAAUUCCUGAAUUACUUAAAAGAGCUCGGGUCG